AUGAAGUUCGGUCUGCCACGAAUCAUCCCAGUCUUGCUGGCUGGGGUGCAGUGUGUUUUCGCCAUCAUCAGAACGGAACAGCUUCUCAGUGAUGGGACCGUCCACAUUACCUUUUCCAACUUUACCAACACUGACGCAAUCAUAAACGCAGUGGCACGGCGAGAGAGAGCGUCAGCGAACAAAUACAUCGAGUGCUACGACACGAAAACCUACUGGGAUUACUGGUGGUACGGGGCCGGGCCCAUUCUCGUGUGCGACAAGGGCCAGAGCUGUUCCGUCCCCAAGGGCGAAGCGCUCAGGAUCAACUACUCAAUUGGCGGUGGCGGCGGCAUGGACCUUUUCAAGCUGCUCCAGCUUUCUUCCCAGUUUAACGGCGGCUACGACUGGUUGGGCUGGGUGACGACGUAUGUCCAACACGACAUCAACUGGCGCGGGCCGGCGGAUAACAGGGUGUGGCUGAAGCAGUGGUUCGCCGUGACGGAAGCAUAUUGUCGGGCUUGUUACGGGUCGAGCCCUGGGGCGCCCGGCUACUCCUGCGACUCGUGGGGUAGCAACAAAGGUUGGAUGCCAUGCAAAGAAGGGAGCUGUUACGAGUAUAGUGUCAGUAGUGCAUAUGGCAGAUGCGAUUCGGGAAAUCAUUGCCAGCUCGGCCCUUAG